AUGCCAAGCCGGGGUUAUGGCAAUGAGAUUUUGUGGUUGUACAGAGAGAACUGGAGUCAAAGUGGAACACCUAGGGGCGUGUGUGGCGUCGAGGCCAAGCCGGACACGACAAGGCAAGGCAGGCUUCUGGAUUGGGUGGCGUCCAAUCAGGUCAUUGUCAUUCAUCCAUUGCUGACUGCUUGUGUUUCCAACCAUUAA